GAGGUCAACGUCGCGUCGAACCCGCUGCAGUGCGACUGUUCGCUUUGGGAGUGGGUAUCGUGGGCGGAUAAGAGAAGCGUCGUCGAUCCGUCCACCCUACCCUGCAAUGAGACCGUGGCCGAAAUGCGGCUGUAUUCGAGCGAAAAGAAAUCCUGCGGCCCGAUGGUAGACGGUCACUCCGAGGUGGAACGGGUCGAGCUCGCUCAGGGCCAAUCUACCGUAAUCUGCUGCACGGUUUCCGCACUUCCGGUGGCGGCCGUACACUGGAUUCACGGGGGAAUUGUGCUGGGCCAGACGGAAGCAACCACGAUUUCGGACGGAGCCCGCGUUCGCCAUUGUAUCGACGUCCAGGAGGGGAAUGGAGAUGCGUACGGGGAGUAUCAGUGCGUAGCCUCGGCUAGUGGACGGAACGCUUCAAAAAGCUUCUUCAUCGAUACACCGAGGCGGAUGCUGCCGCCAAAACCGCCACAUUCUCUCUUGUUUUAUGGGCAAUUUAGUUUGGUCAUCUUUCUGUUCGUCUUCUGCUUCGCCUCGUACUGCAUAAUUCGCCGCGACAAGUCGAGGACGAAAACCGACGAUUUGUGCCGGAGCGGUGGCCAUGUGAUACCGAUCCUGGUUGACGAUGGCUACGACAAAUCGAUGCACGAUUUCCGGAUGCAAAAAGAAUCCCCGCGCUCCGGCCUCUACGUUGGGCAUCAAGAUGAGGAAUGGCUGGCGCAUACGGCUGUC